CUACCACUCGGCAACUCUGUAUGUAAAGUUCAUGCGUGCGUUGGUUUAGACUGCUUGGAAUUCGAUGUUCUAUGCCUCUGUAUUAUAAUUAAUAUCCACUCCUAUAUGCGAUAGUAAAUAGGUUCAUUCAAACUAAAGAUGUUUUGGGGUGUGACGCUAGAUGGAGGCAAACGAUAUACCCAGACGGUGGAGCAUUCCUUUCACAUAUCAAUGGCUGCGUUAGAGCGAAACAGCCAUCACUAUGGUGUAGAUGUGAAGCAUCAAGAGCCUGUUUCACUGAUGGUGCAACACGACAAAGCAGAGUUCCUUCUCUGUACCCUCAGUCAUAACAAGAUUCCCCAGCAGCCACUGAACCUUAGCUUUACGGAGGGAGAAGAAGUGACCUUCUUCCUAGAAGGAAAGGGAACGAUUCACCUGACAGGUUACAUAUUGAUUGAAGAGGAUGACUUCAUGUCUGAGGAAGAGAGUUCAGCUGAAGAAAUACCAGAGUUGCAAGCAAUUGGUGAUGGACCUCAUCUUAAAGAAAUUACAGAGGAAGAAGCAGCUCUCAUAUCAAAGCAAAUAGCAGGCAAGAAGCGUAAACGCCAAGACGCGGAUCUAUCUGUGAAAAAGGAACAGGAAAAAAUGACCAAUAAAUCUGAAGAGAAGAAGAAAAAGAAGAAGAAAAUCAUCGAACCACAGGAUUCUGAUAGCGAUAGUGGAGAAGAGUCUUCACUUCCAACAAGCGAUGACGAGGAUGACUCGGAGGAGGAAAAUGAGAAAGAUGCUUCACUUAGACUGCCAGCAGUGCGGCCAGCAGGCAGCUUUGAUGACCAACUCUCAGAUGAUGAUUCUACAGGUAGUUAUAUCCCGUUUGAGUCUAAAAGAAUGGCAAAGGGUGAGAAAAAGCAAAUUGUGAGUGAGAAGAAGAAAAAGGAGAAAACGAAGAACACCCCAAAGUUAGAUGCAAAGGUAAAAACUGUUCAGGAACAGUCGGAGAAGAAGAAAAAGAAAAAGAAGACCUCACAAGAGCUGGUUAAUGGUGAUGAUGAGAAGAAGAUGAAACAAACAGCAAGCUUUAGGGCAGUUACACUGCCUAGCGGCACAAGUUACACGGAUGUUGUGACAGGCAAAGGACCCGAAGCUAAACAUGGCAAAUUCGUCCACGUUUAUUACAAAGGCCAGCUAGCGCAGAAUAAGAAGGAGUUUGACUCGUGCUUAACAGGAAAACCUUUCAAAUUCCGGCUAGGAAGUGGAGAAGUUAUAAAAGGAUGGGACCAAGGGCUACUAGGAAUGAAGCAAGGGGGAAAGCGAACAUUGAAGAUACCUGCUAAAGAGGCUUAUGGAAAUCAGAGAAUGGGGACAAUUCCACCCUCUAGCACAUUAUUGUUUGAUGUUGAGUUGAGGGCAGUCAGUUGAAUAGUGUGACCUGCUUUGUGUUCUUCCACAGGAAAGGAGAAGAUUUCCACAAUUAACUAUAUUUCAAUUUUUCAUUACUUUUUAUUAAUCUAGUUCUGUGUUAAUUUUAUCAUUAAAUGUUUGAUGAGUCAUUGGGUUUAAAUUGCCAAACUUAUAGAGAUAGGUAAUCACCACAUCACAUAUAUUAAUCAUGGAUUGCUUUUUUAUUUGAUUGAGCAUUCAUCUCAUUAGUAUUGUGAGAUAUGUAUAAAACAGAUAUCCAUACUCCUUUACUGCAGGAGACGUAUAUAUAGUCAUUUUCAUUUACUUAACUUCAUUUACUUAUGAAUGGGGGUCAAGAGUCCAUAAUAGAGAAGAGUAAAUGCUGUAAAACAGUGUCAUACUCUUCUCUAUUAUGGACUGUUGACAGGGGUACAACUUAGUAAUGUUUCUGUGUUUGCAUAUGCAAACGAAGUCCGGAGGUGUGAGUAAUUAUUUAACCUUCAUGUUAAAGGAAUAAUAGGUCCAUUGAUUAUGCAAUGUUGAUGAAUGCUAGAGUAACUGGCACCUUGUGUAGUUAAUA